CCUCCAUGGACUUUUUAAAUAGGAUUCUGACCCUUAGAGUGGGAAGAGCUGGUGGGAAAAGUUACCCCCGUUGUAAGCAGCGACUUUCUGGGGACUCCCUGACCACAGCUGGCCCUCAGCAGACUACUACCUCCAAAGAUGAUCACCGCGGUCUGGUUGGCUCCGCACUGGAGGUUUUCUGUGGUCAUCAGAGGCCAGUGCUCACAAAAGCUCUCUUCUCUGAGGAGUCCUAACUUGUGUUUUCUGGCUGUGGGAUUUCAUCCUCUUUAUCUUAAAGUGGACGAUAUUUGUUGUCCCGAUAAAUGCUGACGGAGUCUGAGUCCCUGCUCCUCAUUUGCUGUGGACAGUGUGGCCUGUGAAGGGACAGAUGUGGCCUGGGCUGUACGACCUCAGCAGAGAGAACUUAGGAUUUCUAGUUACUAAGCUAGCGAAUUCUGUUGUUGUUGUUGUUGUUGUUGUUGUUUUUUAAAAAGACAAGUUGCGUGGAUUUUUUUCCCAACUAAGGUACAGGGUUUUUUUUUCCCUCUAAAUGCAGACAAUUAUUUUCACUCUCAGCCACUUAUUUGGAUAUGUUGAAUUGAUUUUUUUUUCUUUUUAAUAAUAAUGACACAUGGGAUGGGAAGGUUAUGUAAAUUAGUAGUGUCUGUUCUUAUCAGGUUUUUUGUAGCCAUUAAAAACAUCUCAUUUUGGAAGACCUUUAGUACCAGCACUGGGAAGCAAGGGGCGGGUGGAUCCCUGUGUGCUCAAGGCCAGCCAGGGUUACAUAGUGAGACCCUGUCUCCAAAAACAAAGCAAAACAAAACAGGAAUCCCAUUUUGGAAGACAGUACAAGAACAUUCUAAAGAUGGCUGCCGAGUGCUGAAGCACUUGCCAAGCAGUUUCUGUUCUAGUUGGGGUGUGUGUGUGUGUGUGUGUGUGUGUGUGUGUGUGUGUGUGCACGCGCGCGCGUGGGUGACUCAGGAUGGACCCAGGAUCUGAUCAUUCCAGCAGAUGCCCUGCUAGUGAAUUAUGCAUUAAUCACAUCCACCUUUAUCUUACCCCUGUUCUUGGCUUCCUUGAAUGGAUGCAUAUAGGUGCUUUCCUGAGUGGCUAGCAGGCUUCAGCUCUGUGAGCCUGUCUCUUCCCCAGCCUCUGACUCACCAAGGCAACAGGAGCAAAUCCUUGGAACAAAAAGUUCUGCUUCACCAUCUAGACGGGCGGAGGUGACCAGGGAAGCAGGCUCCCUGUGCUUGCCUGUGUGUGUGUUCUCCCUCUCAGGCCUUCCUGUUUUGCAUUGAGCUGAGCUGGGACGGAGCCUCCACAGGAUCUACUGUCAGAGCUUCCUGGUGUCCUUUGAUGGACCGUGGCAACUGAACCUGAGCCGGCCAAUUGAGGAGCAGGGCCCCCUGGAUGUCAUCAUCCACAAGCUGACCGAUGUCAUCCUCGAGGCUGACCAGAAUGACAGCCAGUCCCUGGAAUUGGUGCACAGGUUCCAAGAGUACAUCGAUGCUCACCCUGAGACCAUCGUCCUGGACCCCCUUCCCGCCAUCAGGACCCUGUUAGACCGCUCCAAGUCCUACGAGCUCAUCCGCAAGAUCGAGGCCUAUAUGAAAGAUGACAGGAUCUGCUCGCCACCCUUCAUGGAGCUCACGAGCCUGUGUGGGGAUGACACCAUGAGGCUGCUGGAGCAGAACGGCCUGGCCUUCCCCUUCAUUUGCAAAACCAGAGUGGCUCAUGGCACCAACUCUCAUGAGAUGGCCAUUGUGUUUAACCAAGAGGGCCUGAGUGCCAUCCAACCUCCCUGUGUGGUCCAGAACUUCAUCAACCACAAUGCUGUGCUGUACAAGGUGUUUGUGGUGGGCGAGUCCUACACAGUGGUCCAGAGACCCUCACUCAAGAACUUCUCCGCGGGCACCUCAGGCUCCUCCCCAGGACCAUCUCUCAUGCCCCCUGUCUGGACUGGCUCUGGUCGGAGCAGCGGGAGGACUGUCGGGCACACCGGGGUGGCCAGGGGCCUCUGUGCCCCGCUAGCGGGAAGGAUGCCAGAUCGUGAAUCCAUCUUCUUCAACAGCCACAAUGUGUCAAAGCCGGAGUCUUCCUCAGUCCUCACUGAGCUGGACAAGAUUGAGGGCGUAUUCGAACGGCCAAGUGACGAGGUUAUCCGGGAGCUGUCCCGGGCUCUGCGGCAGGCGCUGGGAGUGUCACUGUUUGGAAUCGACAUCAUCAUUAACAACCAGACGGGUCAGCACGCAGUCAUAGAUGUCAAUGCCUUCCCAGGCUAUGAGGGAGUGAGUGAGUUCUUUACCGACCUCCUGAACCACAUUGCCACAGUACUGCAAGGCCAGAGCACAGGAGGAGCUGCCACAGAGGAAGUGGCCCCACUAAGGCACAACAGGCUCCUGGCAGAACCGGCAGGCAGCCUGGCUGGUGAGCGGACGUGCAGUGCCAGCCCUGGCUGCUGCAGCAGCAUGAAGGGCCAGGACACACCCUGGAAGACUGAGGCCGAAGCGGGCAACAUGGGCGCUGGUGGUGGUGGUUCCGCCAAGCUGCCGCACCAGAGACUUGGCUGCACCACCGGCGUGUCACCCAGCUUCCAGCAGCACUGUGUGGCCUCUCUGGCCACCAAGGCCUCCUCACAGUAGCCACAGAGCCCAGGACCCAGAGGGGCGGAGCAGAGCGUGGAGCACACCCACUGGGCCAGCAGCUCCAAAUGGGAACACUACUAAGAAUCCCUGGUGAUCUGACGCUUCUCUGUUUUAAUUUUUUACCUGAUUUUCUGAUGUUAGGAUCGGAAUGAGGGGGGAGACAGAGCAGAAACACCAAGUGGUCCAGCCUGGAGGAUGCCGCCUAAACUCCUGCUGUGCAGAUCUCCUCACUGAGUUUACACACGCUUGUGUUCUCAACACUAGGUCUGAAUGCGAGGUGGGGUGUGCACGUGCGUGUGUGCGUGUGUGUGUGUGUGUGUGUGUGUGUGUGUGUGUGUGUGUGUGUGUGUGUGUGUGUGGUCGUCAUGCAAGUGUGAGUGUCCGUGUCUGUCUGUCUUCAUGGCUGUUGUGGGCCAGGCUCUGGGCGCUCUGGAAGGAAGCCCCUAUCUGGCCAGGCUGUUGCAGCUGAGCAGGCGAAGGACGAACGGUUUUCCCAGAUCCCCUCCUCUUCACACCUGCCCACACCCAGACCUCACCCUUUCUCUUUUCCCAGACGUGCUCUCCUCCAAAGCUAAAACCCUUGCCCCUGUGCAGCUGACCCUUGCUUUCCAAAGCCGGGGAAGCAGUGGUCCCGCCCUCGGGAGCUCUGCAUGGGGGAUCUGAGUUGUAGGAAGGGAAAAGAAGCUUCCUGUGGGUGUAGCCAAGUUGCUCGUCUUCACUGGCUCACAGAAUCCACCAGGCCACUAUCCUCUCUACCCUGACCCCACUGCUCACUGAGAUCCAGGAAGGAGGCCAUCUGGCUAGGAGGCCAGGAGUCUGCCGAGACCCAGGAUUUACUCUGGGACUUUGAACCGAUCAUUCCAUGAGUCUUUAGGCUUCCACCACCUCAUCUCUUCAGGGUGGUUCCCGAAACAGAACUGAAGGCCUGACCUAGUGUUCUUGCCCACGAGGAUACCUGCUUCCUCAUGUUCUCAUCCAGGUCCCUCUUUUCAGGUGAGAGAAAACCACCCACGGGACUGCCCCUGUUCACACGUGCCAGCCGCUCCUGGUACAGCAAGGCUCAGCGCAGCCCUGCUGUGUUCACAGCAAGUCCCUUGCACUGAGCGCUAGGCAAGCCUCCAAGGGAGUUGUCCCCUCCUUCAGGCUCACUCUGUCCCCACAGCAGCUGGCAGAGCACCCACUGGCACCAAAGCCCACAGGAAAGGGCACCUGUGGAGCCCCAAAUAAGUAGCCCAGGAGCCCCCAAAGGUGAACUUGUGUCUUAAGAUAUCAGCCCACUGUGCAAAGAGAAUGAGGCCUUUGGAUUGUCCUUGGGUCUAAUAAGAUGGUGUACACUAGAGGAAGCAGCAGCAGCCCUGGGAAGGCCACUCAGGGCCGUGCUGGGGCAGCCUUUGGGCAAAGAGAAGCUGAUUAGCUUUCUUGGAAGCAGAACCCCAGGACUAACCGCGUUUACAGGAUCUGAGUGUUGAACUGAUGAUAUCUGUACGUCACCUUCCCAGGCCUGACCCUGAAUUCAGGGGGUGGGAAGUGUGGCCGCCUCUUGCACUGCUUUGUCUCCGGAAUAAACUACUGAGCUCAAACUGCA